AUGCAUAAGGAGUGGUCUGCCUUUAAGGUAUCCAAGAAGAAAGUUGCUGAUGAUGAGAGCCGUGUUGCCCAGUUAAGGGCUAAACUGGAAGCUGAUCAGGCCAAGUUUGAGGCUGAUCGAAAAACUGAAGAGUGGUCCGUUGCGGGCUGGAAGAGAAAAGCGGAAGCCGAAGCUGCUCUUCUUUCCGAGGAGUGCAAGAACUGGAAGAAGAUUUGUGAGAAGGAUAAUGCCGAAAAGAUGGGUCUCUGCAAUGUUAUCAAUAAUCUCAAGGAUGAGGUUGAGAAAUUGAAGAAACAAGAUGCGGAGAUCGAAAAGUUGAAGAAGGAAAAAGCUGACGCUGAAGCUGCGCGAGAUGAGGCGCGUUCCCACAGCGAACGAAGCGAACAACGAGAGGUACAUGCCUGCGCCACUCUUGCUCUUAGAGAUAAAGAGAUAGAAGAACUUACCGCUUUGCUUUCUGACCAGGAACAACUCAAGAAAGAUUUGGAGCUUGCGCAUACUGAGAAAACUGAAGCCUCCCGCCGCCUAGCUAAAACUGAAGAAAAACUAGAAAACUCCGAAACGGCGCUGGCAACAGUAAAGAGCGAGCUUGAACCUUUGAAAAGCGAUAUGUUAUGGUUGAAAGAGCGUGGGAUUGCCUGUGUCGCUGAAUCAGUGUUGAAUUUUGAAGAACUAGAUAAAACGGUUGCGCGUGUGGUGGUUGCUGCGCGAAAUGAUGGAUAUGCUCAAGGGUAUGCAGAAUGUUCGCACCAUGUGAAUAAUGCUUUGAAGGUUGGUUGGGAUACUAGUAGAUCCACUACUCAUGGUGUUAAUACUGGUGCUGCCCUUGUAGCUAUGAAAACGGAAUUCAAUAACUUGCAGCUUCCUGUCAUGGAUCUUAUAAACGUUGCAUUGCAGUCCGAAGAUCCUGUAGCGUAG